AGACCACGAAACCCUAGAGUCAGGUAUCAUUGCUCAACUAGAUCGGAUGGAUCUAAGGUCUACAAUGAGGUUGCCUCGCCAAGACAAUGUCAGAUAGGUGUCCCUUAGAUCCGAUCCUAAUUGCUUCGUGUGGUGUAAUCCAAUUUAUUUUUUUUACUAACAUUACAUGUCUCUUAAUAACCGUUUUGCUUUUAGCAACCAAUUUAUCCAUAUGUGCUCUGCUUAGGGUUCUGCAAGAUGCCGACGAAUUGAUUACCAAAUGAGUCAUUAGGACAGCCGUUGUCUCUUCUUACGGGAAGGUUUACGAUAGGAGCAUAAGAUAUUAAGCUUAGUUAAUUUGGUCUUUUCUAUCUUUCUUCUUCUAUUACUAUAGACACCGUAUAUUGCACAGAUUUUUAACGACUCAGGGAUAGCCGUGGACAAGAAAAGCUACCAUCAAACUAUGAAACUUGAAUCAGAAUUUGAUUUUCACUUCGACCAUUUAGCAAGCAUCCGCAGUAGGAAGCAGCAAGGAGGAGCAGUGGUCAGCACUCAGCAAGCAUCCAUUGUCAAGAACAGCAUCAGUUUUUUUAUUUGCAGCGGCACUGCAGCAGCAGAAACAGGAGCAGCGGCAGCAAGAAAGCAAGAACAAGCAGCAAUCAAUUCUACAGUUGAUUUGCCUACUUAAGUGGAAUUGCAACGAGAGAUUAUUUUUCAUAAUUAUGCAUGGCUAAGAGGAGUUGAUCCAUGGAUCUCAGAAGCUCUUUUGCUCUUGGUGUUCACGACAACAAUUUCUGUUUUUGCAGUGUCAUUUGUGGCAUUAUUUUCUAGGUCAUUGAAGGCUGGUCUAGUGCCUAUUCAGCAUAGUGCUCGGAUCCCUAUCAGCGGCGGUGUCGUCGUCGUCGUCCGCGGAGAAGGGUGUAAAAUCAAAAUGGCUCGGGUCCAGGCCGGGCCGGGCGCGGACUCUUCAUCUUAAACCCUUCCCUGCUUCUCCCUCACUCGAUACUCCGACGCAUCAAACCCCUUCCACGGGGCGCCCCACACCCUCCUCCGCCACCGCGCCUCGUGCCAUUCCAGAAAUUCGCAGCUACCAGGUAGAAACCUGCUUCGAUCAUCAAUUGGAUGCUCUUCAUAUUCACCGCAUAUAAAAAAAGAGAAAGGUUGGACCUAACAUUUUCUUGGAUAAAUGGAGAUGGCCUCAAAUAAUCCUCAUCCUACUCAGUUUCCUGUUACAGAGAAGUCGAUAUCCUUAGAUAUCAAGGGAACUAAGACGGACAUCAUAAUCAGCAAGUAUACAGAUAGUUUUCUGGUCAUGGUGACUCAAAUAGGAUCUAUGGGUACCAUACUGCAUGCUAGGAAGGAGGAAGGUGUAUCACUAGAUCCAACUUUUAAUGUUUCUGUGAUAUUUGGCAAGAGAGAUGAGCCACUUUUAGUUGCAUGUGCAAGGCAGAUGAUUGAACAUAUAAGCCACUGCAGUUCGUCGAGGGCAUUGAUUCUGUCUCUUGGUCUAAAAGAUCACUCUCAGGAGAUUUUAAAGGAUAUCAUUUCUGCCGUUAUUGAGAAUCGCCUUUGGUGAAUUUUAAAGGAUAUCAUUUCUGCCGUUGUUCUUUCCGUUCCUUUUUAACAACCUUUUUCCUUUUUAUUUAUUAUCAAUUUUUUUUUAUUAGUUGUAACUAAUGCAUUGACAAAAUGCGCCUUAGCUUUUGUGGCAUUAAUUAUUUACUUGCUCACUUAUACCUUUUGGAGUUUGGUUAUUCUUCCUUGUUAACAACUGAUGUCCUAGUUAUUUGUUCCAAUUUUAGUAUUAAAAGAAAAGGCAAUAAUUGAGUUUCA